AUGAGUGAAUUAUCAGACGCUCUGGGACUCACCAGAGCCAUUCUGUGCAACGAUGGUCUGGUGAGGAGGCUGGAGGAGCUGGAGAAAACGGCUGAGCUUUAUAAAGGACUGAUGGAGCACACGAAGAGACUGUUAAGAGCUUUCUAUGAGCUCUCACAGACUCACAGAGCGUUUGGCGACGUGUUUUCUGUCAUCGGCGUCCGUGAGCCGCAGGCCGCCGCCAGCGAAGCCUUCGUGAAGUUUGCUGAAGCUCAUCGAAACAUGGAGAAGUUCGGCAUCCAGCUGCUGAAGACCAUCAAACCCAUGCUGCAUGAUCUGAACACGUAUCUUCACAAAGCCAUUCCAGACACCAAGCUCACCAUCCGCAAAUACCUGGACGUCAAGUUUGAGUACUUGUCGUACUGUCUGAAGGUGAAGGAGAUGGAUGAUGAAGAGUACAGCUGUAUCGCGUUGGGCGACCCGUUGUACCGCGUCAGCACCGGUAACUAUGAGUACCGCUUGAUUCUGCGCUGUCGACAGGAAGCUCGCACACGUUUCGCCAAGAUGCGCAAGGACGUUCUGGAGAAAAUCGAACUCCUGGACCAGAAACACGUUCAGGACAUCGUGUUCCAGCUGCAGCGCUUCGUCUCAGGCAUGUCACGCUAUUACGACGACUGCUACGGCGUGCUGAAAGAGGCCGAUGUGUUUCCCAUAGAGGUGGAUCUGUCCCGCACCAUGAUCAACUACAGCGGACAGAGUCUCUCAUACGAGGACGAGGAGGAGGAAGAGACGGGCAGAGGAGGAGAGGAAGACGCUCCGCAGGCUGAGAACGGAGCCGAGAAACUCAUCGACGACGAGUGAGUGAGCGAGCCAAUGAAUGAGUGAAUUAUCAGGUGAAAUAAUAAAAGAAAGGAAUGUGACGGAUCGCAUUGUCGCUGAAAAAAACUACACAUUCUACAGAUGAGAUGCGUGUGUUCAAUGAAAGGUGGUUAAUAAAUAAUAUGAAUAAAAACAUAUGUUACAUAUUUAUAUAUGAAGUUUAAUAUAAUGUUUCUAUAUUGAUAAACUACGCUUUCAUUCAAAUCACUGAUCAGACAGAAACGGAAUCACUGGUUGCCAUGUUACGUACUUUAGAAUAGAAUGUUAUGUUUGGUUACUAUGGUGACAGAAUUUAAACUUUUAAACAAACAUUCUUUGUUUCAAGUCUUUGCACUCUUUGUUUGAACACAUUUCAAAUGAACGGGACUGAAGUUGAGUUGUCGGAUGUGUUUUUGCACAACUUGUGUGUGUUUUUCUUGCCUUUGAAACACUGGAUGAAUGUCUUUAAGCUCCAGUGGUCUGAAUAUUUCACUAUUUUGUUGGUGUUUUUUUGUUUGUUUUGGGCGUUUGGGGUUAUUUAAUUGAAUUCAGCUGUGUAACUGUGGUUCAUGUAUGUCCUAGAUCGAUUCAAAGGUCUUGAAGGUUAGAAAAACAAAGUUUGAUGAAGAAAAACGCUUGUGAAACCUUCUAUGUGUGAGUAAACAUGUAAAUCAAACUUGUUUCAUGGGCUUUCUCAUUAAACAUCUGAGCU